AACACAUUGGACAAGUGAACCUAAUAAUAUGAAUUGGGAAACAUACCAUCAUUUACAAAAUCAAAUACAACAAUUGGAAAUGGAGAUAUUAUAUUGGGAAAUAGAAAUAACAAUUAGACCGUCAACACCUGCUCAUGUGAGUUAUUGGAAGAAAUUAAGACAAUUACAUAAACAUACAAAGGAAAGAUUAAACAUCUUGUUAACAAAUAGUAACCACUGCCCACAUUUUAAUCUAGAAUCAGAACAAGAUUCUUGGGAAAAUAAUGAACAAUAG